CUUCACCCUCUCCUCUGUACAGCCCCCUUUCUAUGGCGUCGAGCGUAUGAACGUAUUUCAGACGUAGAAAGAAAAUCGCAUGGACUUUUAAGCUCUGUUCCCGCCAGAUUCGUGCUACCCAAGAUGCUACGCUGAUGUGACAGCCUCAUCUCAACGACGCACCGCUAGAUACUUCCUUAAUCGACUUGCCAGUUUCGACCACCCGUUGCCCUUUCAAUCUUGGAUGGCUGCCAUGCAGGAAUCGCCGCUUGAUCUUAAGCUCUGGCAUAAAGUUUUUGGAGCGUUGGGAGUCAUCCCACGUAGCAACGUGUUGGUGGAACGUAAGCAAAAGAGCAGGCUAGUUGCAUUCCACCUCCUUCUUCAAUGUUUCGCUUUGCAAAUACGGUACGGAUGCGAGAACAAAGAUUGCAAAACACUCGGCUGUUUCAGUUGCCGCAGACGAAACACGAGCGAGCCUGUUCGACGACCUACAUUGCUUGCUGCGAGAAAUCAGGCGUUCGUUCUUGCAAGUACUGAUGAUCCACUGUCGUAUCUCUGCCCAAAUCCGUUGCGAACAGAUAUCGAUGGUGACGAGAGAGUUGACACAAAUUUAGUAAGAGCUUAUGUUCUGUCUUUGCAAAAUGGAGACGACGCCAUGAGGGCUUCUCAGGCUGCAAUCCAAGGACAAAAGCGCGGGGAUGAUCCUACGUCUUCUCCUAGUAGGAAUGGACAGUGCGAUGACUCGAGCGAAGACAAGCAUGCAAAGACAAACACAACUCAGACGAAGGUAGACAGGGCUAGCCUGGUUCAGAACCUGUUCAACACGAACAAGAUGGCAUACUGGUUCGACUCACAGUGCAACACAAGAGACAACUCGAAAUCGAAAGACCUUGACGUGAUGGUUUUUACGGAGUUGUCUCGUGAACUGGCGAUGGCCAUCGCCACGGCACUGACAAGGAUAUCUGGCAGUUAUCGAGACAGGUUCGCAUCAAUUACUGACUUGGUGGUUCGUUCCAUUCGAUACAAUUUCUCCUCGCCAAGUCGUCUUCUAGAGCAAUGGUCCUCGCCCGGCCCGCAAAUUCCUAUAGCGUCGCUGAGUAGAAUGCCCUUCAAAGAGGUUCUCGAUACAGAUGGUAAUGUCAUCAAUUCCAUUGUUGCCAUGGAUAAACCACAUGAACAUCUGCGGCAUUGGACUGCGCUUCCGGCUGCAUUUGAGGAGAUGCUCACCGCAAUGUGGAAUGCUUUGGACGCUCUGCUUGUUCCGCCUCCUCGGAUUGCUGGCUCGAAGAACAACACAUUGGGAACUGCCUAUGUUUCAGACGACCAGGCAGCCCGAAUGAUCUUCAUCGCAAUUUUGCUCCUGAUAGUUUCAAUUCCGAAAUCAGAUUCCACAACGCUAAGCUUAAUUCUUGCGAAACGCAGCUUGGGUGGAAGUGUCGUGGGAUAUUCUUCGGAGACCGAAUUCAACGAUACUGUCCAUAUGCGGAACAAUGUUGUCUUAGUUUCCGACGCGUUCGAGUAUCCUCUUUCAACGCGCUUAGCUGAGAAGGUAGUUGCUGCCCUCGCAGUGAGACGCUCAUAUUGGUGUGCAUUACGGGUUGAGGGCUCUGAGGUAUUCCCCGUCAUGUAUCUUGUUAUGGCAUACAUGAACCGGUUAGUAUUUGAAGCGAUUUCUCCAGAUGAUGGACAAGGCACAUGGCGAUUUGAAGUUCAGCGUCUCCACCGGGUCGGACGCAGUCCUGGACCGAUAUUGUUGGAGUGGUUGAAAACAGUCUUCCGGAUAGGAUGGAAAGGUGAACAUGUCGUUGAUCGAUGGAAAGGUGCAGGCUCGGCGCUCGAAAUCAUGAACGACCUGUAUCAGAUGUACAAUUCGGAUCCAAAGGGAUGGGUUCCGGACGACUCGCACUUCGUCAUACCAUUGCUCGGCGCACACCUUAAACCACACAAGAUCGUUCCUGAUUAUCUGGCAUGGAUGGCAGCAAACCCACCGGGGAGCAAGCGCUACAAGAACGAGCGCCACCUUUUGCAAUUCCCUUUCCUGUUUGAGCCGAUGCGAAGGAUGCACAAUUUCCGUCUUAUGCUUUACCAUCAAAUGCACCAUGAAUGGCGAAGAUCCCGCGCUGUUCGUGAGCUUCACAACCAUUUCUCAUGGCUUAUCACCCCGGGCUCGUCCGACUACCGGUGUAUAGACGAGAGAUGUAACCAUGCUAUGUGUGAGCGUUUACGUUUUCAGAACCGACAGCCUAUUCUCUCGGAUGACGCUCGUCACGGUUCUAUUCGGCGUCUACCUAGCCAUUUCUGGAACAGAGAUUUGUAUCUACGCAACAGGUUGGACACGUCACGUGCAAAAUUCCUCAUUUUGGAUAUUGAGCGACAAAGUAUAUUGGAGAGUACCUUCGAUCAGCUAUGGGGCCGAGAACAUCGUGAGCUACUCAAGCCGUUGAAAAUUGUCAUGCGUAUGGAUGGUAAGGAUGAGGAUGCUGCGGACCACGGCGGGGUUUCUCAGGAAUUCUUCAGGCUUGUUCUGGCAAAGGCCUUCGAGCCGGAAUAUGGGCUCUUUGUUGUCACGGAGGAGCAAACGAAGAUGAACUGGUUUAAGCCAUUAAGUCUCGAGCCCCUGCAAACAUACGAGCUUCUGGGUUUACUCUUUGGUAUGGCCGUGUACAAUGGCAUAACAUUACCCGUAAAUCUCCCUUUUGCAAUGUAUCAAGUCCUGUGUGGUCGCGGACCUUUUGAGCAGUUCGUGUUACAGGAUGCUUGGCCAUCAUUGCAUAAGUCAUUCCAGCAACUUACAGACUGGAGGGAAGAAGAUGGAGACGUGGAAGAAAUCUUCGCGCGAGACUAUGCAUUUUCGUUUGAGGCGAAUGGGCAAACAUAUACCAUUGAUAUGCUCAAUGAUGAUUCGACUUUGGUAGACCGGCUCUUCUAUUCUGAGGAUUCUGAACAGAGCAUCUUCACCGACAUGAGGAGAUCGCUGACACCAGUCACGUACAGCAAUCGCAUCGACUUUAUCAGUGACUACAAAAAGUGGCUUGUUUUCAACUCGGUUAGACCUCAACUUGAGGCAUUUGUGAAAGGAUUCAGACAUAUCAUCUCGAUAACAUUCACAUCGUUCAUAACAUCGCCCACUCUCCAACGCUUUGUUGAGGGCACGAGACAGAUUGACGCUUCGCUCCUUAAGGCCGCAACUUCUUAUGCGAUAACAUCCCCGGAGACUGAGCCAAGUUAUUCAGACGAGUAUUCAUCUGCACAUCCCACAAUUCAGCAUUUCUGGUCCGUGGUCAUGAAUUAUGAUCAGGUACAGCUGCAGAAACUGCUCACAUUCGUAACGGCAAGUGACAGGGUGCCAGUCCAGGGAUACAGAGCCAUAGGAUUCUCGAUCGAAAAGCAUGGUGACGUAAAUAUGCUACCUACGAGCAGUACUUGCUUUGGGAAAUUGUUUUUGCCGCCGUAUGAAAGUGAGGAGGCAGUUUCGAGGAUGUUGGGCAUUGCCAUCGAGGAAGGAACAUCAGGCUUUGGUUUUAUGUGAUGACUCGAUUUCUUUUCAACCGCAGAUCUAAUCAACUAAUGACGGCCCUCCUCGUCGAGGGCCAAACCAUCCCUGUAUCAAAAUUGUGCUCUUCGAUGCUGCCAGAUUUGUCCUGUGUCGAGAAUCGACUGAACUACUUGAUCAUGGGGAUCUUUUUUGGCACGGAACUGAUCUACGGAUUAUGGAGCACUGUAAUGGAAUCUACUUAUUGAAUGCAUUUAUGCAAAUCUUGGACAGGUGUGGCAACGAUACAGAUGCGAGUAGCAGAGAAAGAAAUAUUUUAAUACUUGCCAUGAUUAGUUCUUGAUAUGGGAAAAGGUACGAAUGACGGAUAUGCGUAAAACUCCGCACGGGAGAUGCUAUAUCAAAGUAAGAACCGAUCCAUAAGACACGGGGCUACUUCUCUGGGGAAAAGAAAGUAUUUUAAUUGGCUUGCGGUCAGCUGAAGAAGCUGCAAGUGAGCAUUGGCUCGUUAUUAAAGUCUAAGGCUAUAAGAAUAAAUCAGCCACAUUAUUCAUGA